AUUAACGGUUAAGAAAUUAUAUGAUCGCAAGGAACCCGAUCAUAAUUGUUAAUCAAUAUAAUCCAUUUUUAACUUGAUCCUUGUAUCUGUUUUACGGUUUGAUCCACACUUCAGAUCUUGAUGAAACUUGGCCCAUCCUCGAGGAUUGAAUAUGCUAGGCAAAAAUCAUAGCUUUCGGCAAAUGAAGUUUAAAAUCUACAAGUGGCCUAAAAUGGGCUAAAACUGGCCUCUGUGCACGUCUCACAGUAGCCAGUCUCUUUGGUAAAGAGUGAUCAUAAUAACUAGCGUUAUCCUCAUCUAAUAUUCCAGACUUCGAGUCAACUACCGCAUGAUCGCCCUAAUAGUCAAUCCUAACAACGGUUUCUAUGUAACCAUGAGAAAAUUACAAAUAUAAAAUUUGUAAACAUUAACUUUGAUCAACAUCAUGUGCCCAUCCAAUGUAAAUCUAAUUUAAUUUUAUUCAUUUUAAUAUAUUGUUUGCAAUUCAUUUCUUAAUUGUGCAAAAUGACUGACUGGGAUUUAAUAGUCAAUGUUAAUCUUGAUGAUCUGAACGAUGAAAAGGCUGAGCUUUUAUAUGAUCAAUUGAUUGAGAUCAAUCCCGAGGAUGAAUCAAAUAUUGAUUUAUUGCGAAGUGCCUUUAAAGCUGCCAAAUGCGUUAUGCAAGUGAAAGCAUUACAAGCCGAUGUAGCAGUUGAAGAGCUCGAAGAGUUCAUUAAAAAAAGUGACAAAGAUGAAUUGGAAAGUCUUCGGAAGCAAGUUGAUUUAUACAAAUCAACAUUGGUUAAUCAACAUGGUGUUGAUCCAAUGAAUCAGAUAGAAGAUUAUCAAAAUCAAAUUCGCGAUUUAAAAGAUACUCUAGAGGCUAAAAACAAUGAGCUGAUGAGAUCAAAAAGACGUGUUGGUGAUCUCGAAACUAAACUUUCGGUCAAUGAAAAGGAGAUUGAAAGCCUUCAAGAUGAGAUUGAAUCUCUAAAGGAAGAAAUGGAAAGUCGUCAACAUGGGUUACAGAACUCGAUUGCUGAAUCAGCUGAACCGUUGGAAAAGUUACGAGAGAAAAAUAAGCAAAUUCAGAGUUUACUCGAUGAAUUGGAUCUGAUGGAAAGAGCUAAUGUUGAACUUGCUAAUCAGGUGAAAACACUGAAGGAUCAAUUGUCCCUUGCUACCAAUGAGGUUAGAUCAGCAGCUGAUGAAAUGGAAGCGAUCAGAAUUUCUUGCAGUGAAUCACAAGAGAUGAAUGAAAUGUUGAUUAAGGAGAAAGAAUAUUUGCUGAAAGAAAACAAUUCAUUGAGAAAAGAAUUGGAUUCAAUUCAUGAUAAAAAUGACACUUUAGUCGGACAAUUGAAUCAAAAAAUAGAUGCCUUGGUUGAAAUGGUUAGGGAAAAAGAGGAAAUCAUCGAGACUUUGGAGGGUCGUAAAGCAAACUCAUUUGGAUCGAAACCAACAUUAGGUGUUAUAUCAGACAAAUCAUCUUUAUUACAACAAGAACUGACUGAAAAAAGCUCAACAAUUGAUUAUCUUAAGGAACAAUUAGCUGAGGCAGUUACCACAAUUCAAGGACAAAAUGAAUUGAUUAAAAAAUUGACAAAAAAAGGAGAAGUGAACACCGAUGUCUAUGCAAGUGAACUAUUAAAAGAUCAACUGAAUCAAAUGCGAGAUAAGAUUGAUAAAUUGGAGGAGGAACUAAAGACUAAAGAUGAUGAGCUUCUUAAAGUAACAAUGAUGAAGACUGCGUAUGAACGAGGUGAAUAUGGACUGUCUGAAGCACUAAAUGAAGUUAAAUCAUUAAAGAAACAAUUGUUAACCAAGGAACGACAUUUGGAAGAGGCAAUACAAGAUCUUAAUCAAUUGAGUAUAAAAUUAAAUUCGUAUGAAGAUCAAUUGGAUUUUCUCAAAGAAAUGGGUGGAUCAUUGACUGGUUUGGAGGCAAUUGAUACACACAAGAUUCUUCCUGAAGUAACAGAUGAUCGUUUGAAAAUUUUGCGUCUUCAACAGACGAUAAUCAAACUCGAAGAUGAAAAGAUUGCCUUACAAGAAAAAUUGAGAUCCAUGAGGUCAAUGUCUCCUAAGCCAGGAACGCAAGUCAAUGUUAAUGACAAAAAAUCGGACGAAGAGCGAUCUAAAAUGAUUACUCAUUUGGAAACAUUGCAAGAUGAGAAUCGUGAAUUACAAAUGGGAAUGAAGGAGAUUUUGUUAGGCCUUCGGGAAUCAGAUUCACAGUCAGAUGUUGUAAUUGACUGUCCGAGUUUGGAACGGUUAGUCAACUUGUUGGAAGGUCGAUCAUUAUCUGCUGAUUUAACCAAUGUGAUUGCAUUAAAGGCUGAACUUGAUUUACUUCGAGGACACAAUGAACAGUUGAGAAUGGAAUUGAAAUGCCUUCGACAUGAGCAUCUUAAAUUAAUCGGUGAAUAUGCCAAUGAAAUUUUAGACAAUCAAUGUAGACAUUCAAAUAAUUGCAAGCCGAACAACUGUGAAAAUAAAAACAGUCACAUUAAUCAACAAAGUGAAAGUGAUGAAGAUUCAACAACAAUCACAACCACGUCAACUACAUCAACACCAACUCUAAUUGUCAGUGGUGAUGGGAAGUUAAAUCAAGAGGAUUCAAGUCAUGAUUUGGAUGAAAUAUUUGAAACUAGUCUUGAUGUUAAUCAAAAACCAAUGGAUGAACCAAAGCCAAUCACUGAAAAGGUAGUUGUGACUGGCAUUGAUGAUGCUUCUUCAGAUGAAAACCUUAAAGAAGACAAAGUCAAUGGUGAUUCUAAUAUGCAAUCGGAUGAUGAAUCAGGCAUGAGCCAAGAAAUUGAUUCACCUGAACAAAGGCCAUUACAAUUGGACAAAGAGUCUCAAACAUUUGAUGGUUUGGAGACUAAAAAAACAUAUCAAAAUGUGUCUGUACAGACUGAACAAGAUGAUAAAAAGUGUACGAAAUGUUCAAAGUUGUUGAUUGCUGUAAUGGAAAUUAAAGAGCAAAUUGAAAGACUUGGAGAAAGCAUUGCUGAAUCAGAGAUUCAUUACGUUGAACAAAUUGACCUGGCAAGGAAAGAAAAUGAUGCACUUCAUGAACACAUUCAAUCAUGGAAGGAAAAAUACAACCAACUGUUGAUGCAAAAGGACGAGUUUCUGGUGAAGAAGAAUGAAAAGGCCAAAAAAGAAAACGAAGUUGAACAGACAAAUGCUAAAGAAGAUGACAUCGAAGUUCAACUCGAUGUAGAUGUCAAUUAUGCCAAACAAGUUGAUCAACAACAUAAGACAACAAACAAAGCUAUUCCAAAGGUUUUAGAAACGAUAAUUCAAUGUUUACAAAAAAGGAUUGACCAGAAAGAGAUUGCCAUUCAACAAUUGCAAACCUUAAUCCAGCAAACUCAUGAAAAUUAUGAACGGGAAAUGGCUAAGCUGAUCGAAGAGAAAUCCUUGGUUCGUGAAACAAUUCCAUUGGAUCCCGUUAGUUUAAAUAGGAAAGUUCAAGCUGAUGAGUUACGAAUCGCUUUGGAGAAAUGCUAUAAAGAAUUGGAAGAAUGUAAACAAGAAGCUUAUGAUCGAAUUCAAAGUUUAGUGGAAGAAUUGGAAAAAGAGAAAAGUAAAUCGAGAAAAUUACAAGAACAAUUGAACAGAAUAAAUGGACGAAGCAAAAAUUUGGCCAAAUUAGCGACAAGUAAAUACACAACAACUUCGCGUCAUUAGCACAAAUGGAAGACAUAAAAUGUAACACUUAGAUGUUUCAACCUUCAUUAGUUUUUAUUCAAUACACUUUGUAAUCUCAUCAUCAAAUGAUAAUUUAAAUUCACAUUUUGAAUUUUGAUCUUAA